GCACCACUUGAUUACUACAGCAGAAUAUAAUUUGCCAGAUGGUAAUACAUACUUAGGUUAACCAUGUCAAAAUUAGAACACAGCGUGUUACGUGGUUUUGGUGGUCCUUAAUUACAUAUAGACAGUUAGACAUAUAAGCGUAAAACACAAGUUAUGGACAGAUAGAACCUGCUAUCAUCGUACAAUUAACCUGAUGAAAGAGAAGAAAACCUGCAUCAACUUGUGAAACAGAGGUCGUCAGAGAUUCAUAACGCAGCAUUAGUUGAUUAGUGUCCAAUAUAUUGCGUCAUGCAGCAGAGUGGUUCCAGCUACAAGAUGGUGAUGAGCUAAUGAACCAAACACCUCCAACAGCAGCCAGCCACCUGCCCACCAAUUCCCAACUUCCCAACUGGCUGGCCGCUGGCGAAAGAGUACGCGCUCAGCAUCGAAAUGAAGCUAUAAAAUGCCCGGCAAGCACACAUGUCUCUGCAUCUCCUCCAUCGCAAGCAAGCGCGCCCUUCACAGUUUCUAGCUAGCUAGUAGCUAGAGCACACUUCUGCUAGCUAGUAGUAGCCAUGGCUUCCUCCGCCGGGUCGUCCCUCUUCUUCGCCACGGCGCUCGUGAUGAUGGCGCUCAUCGUGCUCGAUGGCAGCAGCACGUGCCACGCCGCGCGGCAUCUCGCCGACACGACGACUGCCGCCCCGGCCGCUGCUCCGGCCGCCGUCCCGGGCAUUCCUGCGGUGCCGAAGCCGCCGGUCAUCGUACCCACCGUCACCGUGCCCGCGGCCACCCUUCCACCGAUGCCCACCGUGCCGACGGCGGGCGCUGUGCCACCGAUCCCAGCGUUGCCCAAGAUUCCCGCGGUGGGCGCCGUGCCACCGAUCCCCGCGGUCACCGUGCCCACAGUGCCGAACGCCGCCGCGCUGCCCCCUAUGCCGGCUAUACCCGCCAUGCCAAAGGUGACGCUGCCGCCGAUUUCCGCCGUCGUCCCUAAGGUUGGCGCCUUGCCGCCGAUGCCCUCCAUCCCGGCUGGCGUGCCCAUGCCGUUCGUGGCGUCGCCUCCUUCGGCAUAAUCAUCAGCAGUGUUUAAUUGUGUCAUUGUCUGGAGUGUAAUAUCUAGUCAUUCGCUCAUGCAUGUCUGAUAGAUUGUCCAUCUGAGUAUUCGAGUUGAUCACUCGUGAUGCAUGCAUGUAUGCAUAUGUGUUCGUUGGGCCGCAUGCAUGCUGCCUUUUCAUUAGCGGAGUAUUUAUUUUUCCUUUUUUAUGUAUGUUUGUGAUUCUAUAUACCUAUAUAUUGUAUUAAGUUUUGUUGGUUCAUUUUGCCAAAAAAAAUUUAUUUUGAUUGA